AUGCCCAAGUCAAGGCGCUCAAAGGUCGUCCACCUCACGCAGGUCGAGAAGAAGACGCGCGAGAACAAGGACAAGCUCUUCCAGAACAUCCGCGAUACCGUCCCCGAGUACCAGAACUGCUUUGUUUUCAGCGUCGACAACAUGCGCAACAACCAUCUCAAGAACGUGCGACGUGAGCUCUCAGACUGCCGACUCUUCUUCGGAAAGACAAAGCUCAUGGUCAAGGCCCUUGGCCAGACCCCCGAGGAGGCCAUCGCCCCUGGCAUUGAGGGCCUCAGCCGUUACCUGACUGGCACCGUCGGCCUGAUCUUGACCAACCGCCCUGCCGAAGAGAUCCUCACCUACUUUGAGAACCUCGCUCCCGUCGACUUUGCCCGCGCCGGCGCCGUGGCCACCCGCGACUUCUCUAUCCCCACCGGUAUUGUCUACGCUACCGCCGGUGAGGUUCCUGCCGAGCACGACGUUCCCCUCGAGCACAGCAUUGAGCCCGAGCUGCGCCGUCUUGGAGUCCCUACCCGCAUGGUCAAGGGCCGUGUCGUUCUUGGUGACGAGGCUGGAGAGGGCGAGGACUACGUUGUGUGCAAGGACGGCGACGUCCUGGAUUCGCGACAGACAAGAUUGCUCAAGCUCUUCGAUAUGUGCAUGAGCGAGUUCAAGGUCAAGGUGUUAGCGUACUGGAACGCUGGCAACUCAGAGGUGACAGAGGUCAACCCCGAGGCUAUGCAAGAGAAUUAG